UUUUGUCCUCAAAGAUGGGUUGUUUCUCAGUCAAGAUGAAAAUGUGUUAAGAGUUUGGGCUCAUCACAAACAUCCAUGACAUGAUAUCAACUGGGCCUGGCCCAUAUUACUUCGAGGCGUUUACUAUUCCAUAUGGAGCUUUGAAGUUUGAACAGUGCACAACGGUCAUUUUUUUUCUCUUUUCAAAAGCUGGCAUCGGAAGUGAAUUGAAAGUGAGAAUUCCAUAUUAUUGAUAAUCUGUUUAAAUUGAUUUUCCACCCGAAAAUUUCUUUAGAACUGCAUCACAAUCCGACUCUGAAAACGGCUCCGAUGAUUCGGACGAGGACCCAAGUUACAGCAUUAUGGAAGAAACUCAAACAAAAUUUUCCAAGCUUUCACUGAAGAAGAAAACAAAGGCUAGUAUUUGUGAUGAUAUUGAUGUCCCUAACGAAGAGGACCCCAAUGGGAGUUAUAUUAAUCCUGAAGAACUUGAUGAAAAAGAUGCGAAGAGCUUAGAGGAAAUCCAAAGAAAGAUUGAAGCGGGGCAGCUAGAGAAGUUGAAAGUUGACCAAUGUAAGAUUUAUCUAAGGAAAAAUGGGUUGAGACUGACCGGGAACAAAAGCACACUCCUUCAGCGCAUUAAAGAGCAUCUUGAGAUUGUGAAUGGUGAAGGGGACAAGAAGUAUCCUGUAUCUAGUUUUGUAGUAAAUUGUAAAGGCGAUGCAUGUACUGGCGAUGUAGUUUUGUUUGAACAAAAUGUUUAUGACAUGUUCAAUGUAGCAUCACGGAGAGCCAGCGGUCCUCCUUGUGGCACAAGAAUGGUUGCUGGUCGUAUUGUGAAAGAGAGCUAUGGUGCUGCAAAGCAACAACAUACAUUCACAAUUGAAGUACUAUGGAGCAAAGGGGAGAAGCCACUUCCCCCACUUCAUCCCCUCCUAAUUAAGGGACGGAAUCUUUACCGGUUGAAAACUUUGAGACAGAAAUGGGAAAAUGAAGAGACAAGGCAAAAGAUUUUGAUGGAGAAGCACUCAAGGGGAUCUCUUGCUAGAUCUGAUAGAGAAACACGAAUUCUUGAGAAGAAUUAUAGAAAAAUGCAAAAUGGAAAUAGGAUUUCAAAAAAUGAGGCAGGUCUCCAGCCUUGUCAGCGUUACUCAAAGCCUGCAAUUCCACGAGAGAAUUUUGUUUCGUCUAUCAGUUCAGAAAACAAAGAAAAGGAACCGAUGAGGUUGUCCACUGAUUCUGGGAAACCUGCGGCAGCUACUAAAGCUCGAGAUGCAAGCUCAACUACUAAUUUUAGUAAAGUUUCCUCAAAUCCAAGCCUGUUUCUGAAAAAUAGAAGACAAGACAAUCAUGUCUCUAUCAACCAGCAUGCCUCCAAGAAUUUGGUAGGGAAUAUUAAUCAAGCAAGAACACAUUAUGACAUUCUUGAUGUUCAUCACAUAAGUGAUCGGCAACCUCCCACAUAUGCAUGCUCAAGUGUGAAUCAGACAAAGGAACCUCUGAACAGCGGUAAUCACAGGCAGCCAUUAACAAGCGUGGAAAACUAUCAUCCCCUGAGUCCAUCAAGGAGACAAAACAGAACUGAUAACUAUCAUCCCCUGAGUCCUUCAAGGAGACAAAAUGGAAAGGAUAACUAUCAUCCCAUGAGUCCAUCAAGGAGACAAAAUGGAAUUGAAAAGUAUCAUCCUAUGAAUCCAUCAAGGAGACAAAAUGUAACUGAUAACUAUUAUUCCUAUCUUCCCAUGUGUCCAUCAAGGAGGCAAAACGAAAUGCCACAAAAGCUAUGCCGGUAUUAUGCUCAAGGCAGGUGCUAUUAUGGAGAUACCUGUAAAUUCUCUCAUGAUAUGAGGGAGGAAUUUGGUCAAAGGAGGGAAGAGAGGUGGUCUUGUGAGCAGAGAGAGUUCCAGGGAUGGUCCCAUGACCCAAGGGGGAGAGUUUGAGAGACCGACAUAGGACAAUGUUUUGUUGUUUUGUAUGGUCCCCUAUCCAAAAACAAGUUUCUACUAAAGAAAAGAUUUUGGUUUUUCCUUAAUUUUAGAGUACGGGUAUCCAAAAACAAGUUUUUACUAUAUGUAACGAUUUUGGUUUUUCCUUAAUUUUAAAGUAUGGGAUUCAUAUGUGAAGUCAUAUUCUUUUUUUUGCUAAACAAGUAAACUCUAUUGACUUUGCAAACCUCCAAGUGGUCGAUGGGUUCCUAAAAA